GACUUAGUCUGUGCCUCGUGGAAUCUGGAAGUUGGCAGGAGGGAACUGGUUAAGUCAUAAUCCUGACAAAACAGGUACUGGGAAAAUUACUGGAAGAAAUAGAAGGAAUUAGAUCAGCUCCCUUGACUGAAAGAAUGUAACUACUGCUCAGUACACCUGUUUACAAUUUGGGGGUCGAGUCGGGUUGGGUCGUAUCCCAAGCCAAUCCAGGACAUAUUGGUCAGGAUUGCUGUUUUCUAUCACUUUUUGGCAAAAUUGCUUUUUUUUUCCCCCAAAUGUAGACCUUAGUACAUUUACCCCUGCCUUUAUCCCCAAGAGACUGUUGCAACAUGCUCUCCACAAGGCUGUAUCUCAAAACCAUUUGCAAAGUUAGUAGAGAAGUGGAGUAUAAUUAAAACGCUGCUUCUUCUCAUACAAUGUCCAUCACUAUCAUAUCCAAAUGGCUGUGCCUACGAGACUGUACGGUCUUCCGAUUAAUUUAUGAAUGAAAUGUAAAGUAUUAGACUUGACCUAAACAACUCUUAAGUGGUUUGGGACCUGUUUACACAAGAGACCACUCCCUUUGCUAUAUCACAGCAGCUGCAAUCAGUGGUGGUCUUUGAACUAACAAUUCCACUUAAAAGAGAAAGGCCUGGUUGCAAGGGGGAGGAUAUCUGUGUGGAGUCCUAGUCCUGAACACAUUGUCUGUGAGCUCUGUCCUACUGAUUUUGCUGAACUCCAGAGCAAGGUCCCCAAAGAAAGGGGGAAAUGAUGAAGGUUUGGUGUUUUAUCCUCUUGCUGAGUUGGUUCACCCUGCAGCUUGAUGCUAACCCUGGGCUCAAAGUGAGGAUAACACAAAAAGGGCUGGACUUUGGCAAGGAGAUUGGGAUGGAGAUCCUGAAAGAAAGGAUAAAAGAGGAAAGCUUCCCAGAUUGGAACGACUCUGAGAAAUUUGGGCUUAGUGAGAUCAACUACCUUCUUUCAGGGAUAAGAAUUGACACCAUUGAAUUCCGCAAUACUGCUAUAUCCCUUAUCCCUGGGACUGGAAUAAAACUAACCAUUGAAAAUGCUUAUGUAAUCAUCAAGGCCAACUGGAACAUAAGGAGCUGGAUGUUCAAAGGCAGUGGAAGAACUACAGUGGUCAUCUCAGGAUUGUCUAUUACAGCAAUGCUUGUAAUGUCAAUGGAUAGCACAGGUCAUCCAUCAAUAUCACUUGACAGCUGUCAGAUGAUUGCUAGUGGUGUUGAAGUCAAGUUGCAUGGGAAAAACAGCUGGUUCUAUAAUAUGUUUACUAAAUUCCUCAAGAAGUCCAUCCACAGGAUCUUGGAUAGUAAUUCGUGUCCAAACCUCAGGCAGGAGAUUGAAAUAAUUGAUAUGGAGCUCCGAAUACUGCAGAUCCUAAUUCAGAUUGAUGACUUUGCCCAAAUAGACUACUCCCUGGUGAAAUCUCCAGCAGUUUUCCAAUCAUACAUUGACUUGGACUUGCAGGGCACAACCUAUCCAGUUGGAAACUAUCCUGCCCACCCCUAUGUGCCAGUUCCCUUUGCUCUCCAAGACAGCAGUGACUCCAUGCUCUACCUUGCAGUAUCAGAGUAUUCCUUUCAGACCACUGUAUUUGCAUAUUACACAACUGGGGCUUUUAACAUCAUCAUCACGGAUGAGGUUUGCAGUUAUUUUAAUAUAACUACAGAGACAUUUGGCAGUAUCAUUCCUGAGGUUGCCCAGUAUUACGCAGAAUCACAGCCGGUGAUGUUGAACCUAACGGCUACCAAAACACCUGUGAUCAGUUUACAGACAGAUGCCUUUACUAUUGAGAUCCAUGGCUCCAUGGAGGUUCUGGCUGUCCUGCCAGACGCAACCACCCAAUCCCUGUUUACAGUAAACAUAACAACCAAUAGCAGCAUCAAUCUGACUUUAUUUGAUCAGAAGCUAAUCGGCUCAUUAUGUCUGAACAGGUUCCAACUCUCUCUGGCUGAUUCCAAUCUUGGCUUCUUUGAGAUCUCACUUUUGGAGAAUUUCUUCUCUUACAUUUUACACAGUGAAAUAAUCCCAUCAGCCAAUGCUAAACUAACAAAAGGAUUCCCUCUUCCAAACUUGGCCAAUAUUUCCUUGAAGAAACCUUUUAUUAAAGUUGAGCAGGGCUAUCUGUGGAUUUCCGCAGAUGUAAACUAUGAACAGUAAGGAAGGAUAGACCAUUUGGAUGGUCAGGAGCCUCACAACUGAUAUAACUCUGAAGCCUGACCACGGCCCCUUUAUACUGAAAUUGCUUUUACUCUGAUUUGAGAGAGAAGCCCAGAGGAAAUAUGGAAAUGAGUGCUGCAAUAUUCAGAACAUGUAAUGAUUGUAACAAGCAGGGAACCAUGGAAAAGGAUAUUGUGGCAUCUGUGUCUAUGGUUAAGUGGGGGAAGCACUUUUAUCCUGGACUUUGUACCUGCUGAAAAAAUAACUGUUUUAAAAGGUUAAAAUCUCUCUUUAAUUGAAGUCUUAUUAUGUAUUUUAUGGAAGCUUCAGUAUUCUUUACAGAGAGAAAAAUGUAUGCCAACAAGUUACAAAUGCAGCUACUGAGCCACCUUUAAUGGUCUGUUCCCUGUAUAAACUUAUUCUACUUUCAACUGAAUGCAUCGGUUAUAUUUAGGGAUCUGUUCAUUGUGCAGUUUUGCUAUAUUCAUGGAAAUUGUGAAAAAGGCGGUUUCUGCAAUCACUGGCAUUCCCCACAAUUUUGUGUGGAAUUGCUGGGGGGUGGGAAAAACAAACUAAAAAUGAAAUGCUGGUUCCCCAGUGGGAGCCAGAGGCCACUGUGGCCCAGCCUCAACCCACCAGGGAGAGGAGCUGCCAGCAUGAAAGGGGCCAGGCACGAUAGUGGCCGCCUCUUCCAUUGAUUUGGAUAAGAGGGCUGUCUUUUAUGCAGCCCUGCCAGUCUCCACCAAUCAGGGGUGAGGCUGCUUGGGCCCCUCAGCCAAUCAGUGGAGGUGAGGGACUGAACCCCCAAAAGACCGUGAAAAUGGCACCAGAUGUUGUGAGUAGUUUGCAAUUUAUAUAUAUAAAUUUACUUCACCUCUGUGUGCUUUAAGUAGGUCCCUAGUUAUAUUUAAUAUGAAAUGGGAGCUAUCCAAAAGUACUUCAAAGCCUCCUGACUCCAAUGGGGAUUAAAGUCUUCAGGGUUCAAAUUAAAUCUUUUCUCUUGAAAAACUCUUUCACAAUCUCAAUUUCAAGAUAUUUUCAAGCAGAAUGUGUCUUCUUAUUAGUGCUGGAUCUACUUAUUCUAGAUGAUACCAGAUGGUACUCCCUCAUACUGUUUUAAAUUGUUCCUCUGCCCCUGUUGCUGAGACGCUUCAAAUGUUUGUAGACUGUUAUCUUGUCUCCUGUUAGCCAUUGUUUACCCAUCUUAGAGAUGUUUAAGGAUUUCAAUAUUUCCUCAUGUAAAAUAUAUUAAUCCCUGUUGAUCUAACUUA